AUGUCGACUUCCGAGCCCACGAACGGCGCCGGCAUCAAAGAACCCGCGCAUCUGAUCGAUGUCGAGCGACAGUCCCGAGCGAACACGGUGACCGCUGAAGCCCCGAAGUCGCUGGGAGCAGGUUCUGCCCUCGCUCUAGGCGCAUUCGGCACAACCCUCACCACUCUAUCGCUCAGUCUCAUGGAAUGGCGCGGCGUGACAACCGCCAACGUCUUCGUCGGCAACUUCUUCUUCAUCUCAGCAUUCGGUCUCGUGGUCACCGCGCAAUGGGAACUCUCUGUCGGGAAUGGCUUCGCGUACACGGUCUUUAGUGCUUUCGGUCUUUUCUACGCCGGCUAUGGCGCCAUCCUCACGCCUGCCUUCGGCGUCCUAGAGUCUUACAACGGCGACAUGACCCAGUACAACAACGCGCUGGGCUUCUUCAUGAUCCUGUGGACGGUCUUCGUCUUCACGUUCCUGAUCGGCUCCCUGCCCAGCAACUUGGCCUACAUCGCGGUGUUCUUUCUCGUGGAUAUGGGCUUUUUGACGGUCGCGGCGAGCUACUUUGCCGAGGCGGACGGGCACCAUGCGUCGUCUGUGGCGCUGAAAAAGGCCGGCGGCGGGUUCUGCUUCGUGGCGGGCUUGGUGGGUUGGUAUAUUGUGUUUCAUUUGCUUCUGAAGGAUGCGUUGGUGGAGUUGCCGUUGGGGGAUACGUCGAGGUUCUUUGCAAAGGGGGUGAAGGAGGAGGAAUAA